AUGGCCUGGCGGGGCGCAGGGCUGCGCGUCCUGGGGGGCCCCGGGGGCGUCGGGCUCAGUCCGCAGCGGCUGCUGCUGCUGCUGCUGCUCGUGGGGCCGGCGCGGGGCUUCGGGGACGAGGAGGAGAGGCGCUGCGACCCCAUCCGCAUCUCCAUGUGCCAGAACCUGGGCUACAACGUGACCAAGAUGCCCAACCUGGUGGGGCACGAGCUGCAGACGGACGCCGAGCUGCAGCUGACCACCUUCACGCCGCUCAUCCAGUACGGCUGCUCCAGCCAGCUGCAGUUCUUCCUUUGUUCCGUUUAUGUGCCCAUGUGCACGGAGAAGGUCAACAUCCCCAUUGGGCCCUGCGGCGGGAUGUGCCUUUCGGUCAAGAGACGCUGCGAGCCUGUGCUGAAGGAGUUUGGCUUUGCCUGGCCGGAGAGCCUAAACUGCAGCAAAUUCCCGCCCCAGAACGACCACAACCACAUGUGCAUGGAAGGGCCAGGUGAUGAGGAAGUGCCCUUGCCUCACAAAACCCCCAUUCAGCCCGGGGAAGAGUGCCACUCCGUGGGAACCAACUCGGAUCAGUACAUCUGGGUGAAAAGGAGCCUGAACUGCGUUCUCAAGUGUGGCUAUGACGCCGGCUUGUACAGCCGCUCAGCCAAGGAGUUCACCGACGUCUGGAUGGCCGUGUGGGCCAGCCUGUGCUUCAUCUCCACCGCCUUCACUGUGCUCACUUUCCUGAUCGAUUCUUCCAGGUUUUCCUACCCGGAGCGCCCCAUCAUCUUUCUCAGUAUGUGCUAUAAUAUUUAUAGCAUUGCUUAUAUUGUCAGGCUGACUGUAGGCCGGGAAAGGAUAUCCUGCGAUUUUGAAGAGGCAGCAGAACCUGUUCUCAUUCAAGAAGGCCUUAAGAACACAGGAUGUGCAAUCAUUUUCUUGCUGAUGUACUUUUUUGGAAUGGCCAGUUCCAUCUGGUGGGUUAUUCUGACGCUCACUUGGUUUUUGGCAGCGGGACUCAAAUGGGGUCAUGAAGCCAUCGAAAUGCAUAGCUCUUAUUUCCACAUUGCAGCCUGGGCCAUCCCCGCGGUGAAAACCAUUGUCAUCUUGAUUAUGAGACUGGUGGACGCGGAUGAGCUGACUGGCCUGUGCUAUGUGGGGAACCAGAACCUGGAUGCGCUCACGGGCUUUGUGGUGGCCCCGCUGUUCACCUACCUGGUGAUUGGGACUUUGUUCAUUGCUGCGGGGUUGGUGGCCUUGUUCAAAAUUCGGUCAAAUCUCCAAAAGGAUGGGACGAAGACAGACAAGCUGGAAAGGCUGAUGGUGAAGAUCGGGGUCUUCUCGGUCCUGUACACCGUGCCUGCAACCUGCGUGAUUGCCUGUUAUUUCUAUGAAAUCUCCAACUGGGCGCUCUUCCGGUAUUCUGCAGAUGACUCCAACAUGGCGGUGGAAAUGUUGAAAAUCUUUAUGUCUUUGCUGGUGGGCAUCACUUCGGGCAUGUGGAUUUGGUCUGCCAAAACUCUACACACGUGGCAGAAGUGUUCCAACAGAUUGGUGAAUUCUGGGAAGGUAAAGAGAGAGAAAAGAGGGAAUGGUUGGGUGAAGCCUGGGAGAGGCAAUGAGACUGUGGUAUAA